AUGACGCCGCCAUCAGCCCCACCGGAGCCACCGCAAACAGCGGCCCAAGCGGUCGGUGUUCCUGCGAAUCACCAGAUCCCACCUCCUAGACCGGCAUUGAACUUGGGCCCUCGUUUUCCUAUCCCGUGGUCAACAGGACUCUGUGAUUGCUGCGAUAAUUUCAGCAUUUGUUGCUUAACAUGUUGGUGCCCCUGCAUAACAUUUGGACGCAUUGCAGAAAUUGUGGACAGAGGAUCUACGU